GACUGGGAAGGGUGGAGCGGCAACAUGGCGGCGUCGGGACCUGGUGGCCCUCUCGAUGCUAAGAGUGGAGAGGCCCCUCCGGCUCGGCGCAUCGACCCGACUCGGGAGAAGCUGACUCCCGCGCAACUGCAAUUCAUGCGGCAGGUGCAGCUCGCCCAGUGGCAGAAGACGCUGCCACAGCGGCGGACCCGGAACAUCAUCACCGGCUUGGGCAUCGGGGCCCUGGUGUUAGCUAUUUAUGGUUACACCUUCUACUCGGUGUCCCAGGAGCGUUUUCUAGAUGAGCUGGAGGAUGAGGUCAAAGCUGCUCGAGCCCGGGCUCUGGAAAGGACAUCAGGACCCUAAUCCAGAUGGACAUCGCACAUCUCCAACCUGCUGGAGCCCCUUCAUGUGAUGGAUGUUGCUCCUUGACCCUGUAGAAAUGGAAGCCUUCUGAUAGCAUCGCUGCCCUAACUAACGUUGGAUGAUGACUGAGCCCAAGAAGCCAGGGAUUUAUGCAUUUGGCCAUCGUCAAGAGAACAUUGCCCACCUCACACUCACUGUGUGUGGCGACUGAGCCCUUCUUGUAGUUCCUUUCCUUGUUUGAGAGGUAUCUGACCUUAGCUUUUCCCAGGUUUUCUGACUUUGUGGUUUAUCCCUUUCACCUACCAGGGACUGGGAGGAUGGAGGAUCAGAGGUGGGCUGUUAAUGGGGGAUAGGUGUGGCAGCUCUGUGCAGUGUUGGAGCCUAAAGUGGGAAGAAUGGGGUCAGGUUGAGAAUAAAAACUGAGUCAUCUCUCUUGGA